AUCAUGACAGUGACUCCGAGGGACGCCUGGACUGAUAUUAAUAUUAACGUCAUAAGUAUAAAAAAUCCAGGAUGACUCAUUCACAAGGCCAUAUAAAUACAGUCCCAGUUUGCUUCAUCUUCUCUUCUCUUUGGACUCGCAAGGCUGAUUAGCAGAAUGGACACCUCAAAUUCUCCUCGUAUAAUAAGCGAAACCACGCCUCUGGUCGUAGUAGCAAAGACGAAAAAGCCUAAAACACCACUUCCAAAACUCCAGAUAGGCAUACUUAUGGUAUUGCAACUUGUCGAACCUAUCGCUUCGAUGUCCAUAUUUCCAUACAUCAAUCAGCUUAUCAGAGAACUUGGCAUCACUGGCGGUGACGAUGCGGCCGUGGGAUAUUAUGCUGGAAUAAUUGUAGGCACCGAGAUUACUAUGAGUUGCGAGAAUCAUAAUUUCCUCAUACUACUAAUCGGAUACAAUCGACAGGAAUCUCUGUUCUUCGUCGCACAGACACUGACAAUGCUGAGAUGGAGUCGGUUAUCUGACCGUAUUGGACGCAAGCCAGUGUUAUUAGUAGGGCUAUCAGGAACUUGUAUAUCAAUGCUAUGUUUCGGUCUCUCGACGACGUUCUGGGGCCUUGUCGUUAGCCGCUGUAUGUGCGGUGUACUGAACGGCAAUGUUUCAGUGAUGAAGACUAUGGUGGGCGAAUUGACGGACUCUACGAAUAUGGCUCAGGGAUUUGCCUUGAUUCCAAUAAUGUGGUGCAUUGGAGGCUUUAUUGGUCCUUUAAUAGGCGGAACGCUCGCGCGUCCACAAGAUAACUGGCCCGGAUUAUUUGCUAAUCCAUUUUGGAGCAAAUACCCAUAUUUUCUACCUUGUGCGGUGUCUGCUAGUGGGAUUAUAGUGGGCUUUUUCGUUCUGUUAUUUUUCUUGGAAGAAACAUUAUCAACCAAGCGUCGGCCAAAGUUGACAGCAACCACUCUAGGUAAUCCAAACGGUGUCGACAGUAAUGAUCGAGAAGAUCCUUCACAAACAUUUAACAUGCCCCUGCAAUCUCUGCUCACACCAGCUAUUGUCAUUCCAAUUGCAAACUACGCCAUGCUCGCCUUGCUUGAUAUUGCUCUUAUGGCUCUUUUUCCGCUGUUCUUUUCUACGCCUACCUAUCUUGGCGGCCUUGGUUUUACCCCUUCUCGUAUUGGCUUAUGGAUAGCGAUGCUUGCAAUAUCGGAUGGUAUCUUCCAGGCACUGUUCUUCGCCAAAAUUGUCGACUGGGUUGGUCCAAAGCGUCUCUUUUGUGUGUCCGUGUCGUGCUUCGCGCCAGUCAUGCUCAUGUUCCCGAUCAUGUCGUGGCUUGUACACACAAGGGGGAUGGUUGAUUAUGCAAUCGUAUUUACAUUGAUUAGCCAACUAGCGUUAACCAUUAUAUGGGAUAUGGCAUUCGGGACUGUAUUCAUGUUUAUCACGGCCUCUGCCCCCACAAAGAACGUCCUUGGCACCAUCAAUGGUCUUGGUCAAACCUCCGCGUCCAUGGCUCGUGUCAUUGGGCCUGCAUUCGCAACUUCGCUUUUUGCACUCUCAAAGGAACACAAUAUUCUCAACGGGAAUGCAGUCUAUGUUGUCUUGAUUGUGCUGGCUGGUAUAUUGAGGUGGCUAGGGUCACAAUUGCCAGAUGAAAUACAAGAUAGGGACGAGUGAUUUACAAGGUAAUUAGCGGAAAAUGCAUAUGCAUCGCUGUCCAAAGUGCCCAUCCGUAGUACCUCAUGCAUAUUUACAUUUGUUCUAGUACAACGUUUCGCAUAACUGCAUAAGUUUCAAUUAUGAUACGUC